AUGCCGUCCAAAUACGCCGUAGUGUCCCUCCCUUUGGGCGCUUUCGAUUCCCACGACAAGGACGAUGCAAUCUCUGCCCUGAGCGCCACCAUUAAUCCAGACAACGGCACCGUGGUCCCCUUCAACAUCCCAGAGUUCAAGAUUGGCACCCUCGAUGCACUUGUCCAGCAGGCCGAUGAGCUGGCUAAGCUUGAGGCAGCCGCAGAAGGUGUCGUAGCAAAGGUUUCCGAGUCACUGCGCUCAGUGCUCAAUGGUGAUGAGGAUCGGUUGUCGCAGUACAAGAUGGUCAAUGAUAAACCUACCGACCAGUAUGUCGGCAGCUUCUCAUGGAACAAGAUUCGAUACCGCGCUGACAAGUCGCUUGGCGAGCUGAUCGACACUCUUCGCAAGGAACUCGCCAAUGCCGACAACGACGUCAGAACCAAGUUUAACCAGUACAACGCUGUGAAGACGAACCUGGCUGCUCUCCACAGAAAACAAACCGGAAACCUGGCAACCAAAUCGCUAUCACCCAUUGUUGAUCCUUCUCUCCUCGUCCAUGACUCGGAAUACAUCGAGACCCAUCUCAUUGUGGUUCCUACGAACUCGAAGAAAGACUUCAUCAAGUCGUACGAAACCCUUGCGCCAAUGGUUGUUCCACGAUCCGCGAUCGAGGUAGCCCACGAUGAGGAAUUCGUGCUGUUCGCAGUGGCCGGCUUCAAGAAGCACAGUGCCGAAUUCCUGGCAAAGUGCAGAGAGCACAAGUAUACCCCCCGCCAAUACAAGUAUGUCGAGGGAGGUCGGGAAGAGGAGCAGCGGGAGCUGGAUAAGGUCACAAAUGAAGAGCGAAAGGUCUGCGGUGAAGCUCUACGAAUUGGCCGUACUGGGUGGAGUGAAAGCGUCAUGAUCUGGAUUCAUGUCCUGACGCUAAAGGUCUUUGUGGAAGCUGUCUUGCGAUAUGGUCUGCCUCUGGACUAUGUGACGGCGCUCAUCAAGACAACCCCUAAACUGACUCCCAAGGUCAAGACGGCUCUGGAUUCACAAUUUUCAUACUUGGGUGGCAACGCCUUUGGGAGGGACAAGCGUGGUAGGAUCACCAAGGACGAUGCUGCCAUGAGCUCGGAAAUGGCGGCAGCUGGGUUUGCAACAGGCGAAGGAAAGGAGUACACAGCAUAUGUUUAUGACGAGGUCGAGUUCCCCUAG